CAAUCCCCCCAACUCUUGUUCUUCUUCUCCUCACUUCAUCAAUCAUUACACUCAUUCAUCUUGUGUUGUGGUCGUGGAUUGAUAUACUCGGAUUGUUUGUUGACAAGAACAACAGCCAGCAAUAACACACAUACAAUCAAUAUCUUGUCCAUCGAACUUGUUCGUCCUGUCGUUACACUUGAAUCCGUCAAUCAAUCCUUCGUGAUGGCUUCUACACUCUACCAACCCGCCGUCGGUGCUGUCCGCCAGCCCUUCGCACCCCUCAACAGCUCGCGUCUCCAGACUCUUACGAGCCUCAAGAACCGCCAAAAUGCCCUCCCCCAAUCCCUCGCCUCCUCCACAAAACGCAAGGCAGCUUCCUACGACGAUGACAUCGACGCCGAGAACAUCGACCCCACCCUCUCCACCAAGCGCUCCAAAGGCAGCAGCGACUCCUCCAUCUCCAAACCCUCCGCCUUCAUCCUCACCACAAAAUCCCCUCUCGAAUACAACACCCCCGCCUCGCCCACCACACGCACAACCCUAACCCCCAAAUCCCCCGCCCGCUUCCACACCUCCUCCCCCCACCCCGCCCUCUCGACCCCAGCCGGGCGCUCGCCGACACGGAAACGCAUCGGGCUUCUCAACCGCCGCAAGACUGGCUCCGCGGGGUUCACUCGCGUCGACCCACCUAACUUCUCGUCAUCCGCGUCGUCAUCGUCCCUCCCAUUCUCCCUCGCCACAGCACUUAGCGGCACAACACCCCUCUCGCGUCCUACACUCCCGCCGCUGGCGAGGCCAUCUUACAAGCCGAGCUGGGAAUUCGCGAUCCAUGAGGACACGCAGGAGGAGACCCUGACGAACUUGAUGGAGCACAGCACGUACACCCUGGACAUCAGCAGUGAUGAGGAGAGCGCUACGCGUCCCCGCGACGAGGGGAGGGGAAAGGAGAACGUCCCCCCCACCGAGGAGGAGGGAGUUGCACCUCGCCCACAGCAGGUUUCGGCACAGGGUGUUGAGGGGAAGACACGCCUUGGACGUCGUAAGAGGGAGGAGAGCGAGAUCGAGGUCGAUAGACAGGUGUUGGGCGAGGUCCCGAUCGGGGAUCUGUAUGCGGAGGAUGCGGCGGGCGAGGUUAUUGUGCCGGCUGAUGAUGUGGUUGAGCUUGGGCCGUCGCCGUUGAGCGCGCCGGAGUUUCAGUUCAGCUCUAGUAUUGUGGUGGAAGAGGAGGUUGUCGAGGAGAAGAAGGAGGAGGUGGAUGUUGUGGCUGCUGCGGAGGAGCUCAUGACUGAGGUGCUGGCGCCUCAGUCGGCGGCGCUGCUGGAGCCUAUUGAGAAGGCUGAGGAGGGGUGGUCGGUGUGGGAGAGUGGGAGUGUUGGUGGUGAUGAGUAAGGGUGUGUCUGUCUGUUGCGGGUUGGGAUAACCUUGGCCUCCGUCCUCGGGGUCUAGGAUGGAGGGUGGGUGGUAUAUAUUGUCUGGCGUUUUUGUUUUUGGGGUUUGGGUAUACCAAGGCGGGCGUUUUAAGUUUUUACUUUUUGAUCUGGCUUUGAUCUUGGGGGAUGCAAAUGUAUGUUGCUGUUGCUGUUAUUUGUUGUUGUUUUUUGUGCUCGAAGAUGUGUUUGCUCUGAUUUGACUUGCUGUACUUUGCUGUACUUUGUGCUGUCCUGGCUUUUUGUCUAAUCUUCCCUGGCAUAUAGCUUAAAAUUGAAGUGCUUUUUUGAGGAG